AUGGAUUCCGAUGACGAUCUCUACUGCGAAUAUUCCGACGAAGUCUUGUUCUCGGACAACGAGGACGGACCGGAGGUGGAGGAGGACGACGGCGGCGAUGUGGACAGCCGCCGCCGAAUAAAUUACACAACCCUCACGGAAGAAAGCAUCCGGCAGCUACAAGACAAAGACAUCUCCGAAGUGUGCGGCCUUCUCUCCGUUUCGAGAGGCCUAGCGUGCACCCUCUUGCGCCACUACAAUUGGCGACCCGACUCCGUUUCGGAAAAAUGGUUCGCGGACGAGGAAAAAGUCCGCGAGUCAGUCGGGUUAUUGCCACCGGGAAAAUCCGAAUCCGAACCGUUAAACCCUAGCCGCCGCUGCAAGAUUUGCCUGGAAAAAAUCAAGGGUGGUAAAGAAACGUUGUCUUCCGCGUGCGGCCACCACUUUUGCGGUGACUGCUGGAAGAACUACGUUACUUUCUCGAUAAACGAUGGGCCCGGAUGCUUGUCCUUGUGUUGCCCUGAGCCCGGAUGCAAAGCCCUAGUGGGGCCCGAUAUGAUGGACUUGUUAGCUUCGGAAGAAGAGAAAGAGAAGUACAAUCGAUACCUUCUCCGAUCCUACGUGGAGCUCCACGGGGCCAUAAAGUGGUGUCCUGGCCCUGGAUGCGAUCGUGCGGUCCAGAUCGAAUCGGGGGAGUGUAAAAACUACGACGUGACGUGCGACUGCUCGUACGUGUUUUGCUGGAACUGUACGGAGGAUAUGCACCGGCCUGUCGACUGUGAAACAGUCGAGAAGUGGGUUAUUCUGAAAAAUUCCGAGGCGGAGAACACGACCUGGAUAAUGGCGUACACGAAGCCGUGCCCGAAGUGCAAACGGAGCAUCGAGAAAAACGACGGGUGCAAUCACAUGACGUGCGGCAAGUCAUGCGGGCACCAGUUUUGCUGGCUGUGCCUCGGGAAUUGGGACAACGCGCACAUAUGCAACGGGUACAAGGACGCGGCGUGCGACAAGGCGGUGAUGGGCGCGAGGAAAUACCUGGAGAGGUACGCGCACUACUACGAGAGAUGGGCGGGCAACCACAAGUCGAGGGGUAUAGCUUUGUCGUGCCUCGACUGGGCGCGGAAAGAGCUCAGGGACAACCUGAUGAACGCCGUGCAGAAUGUUGAGGGCGUGCAGAUGGAGUUUGCGGUCAAGGCGUGGGAGCAGAUUGUCGAGUGCAGGCGCGUGCUCAAGUGGAGCUACGCGUACGCGUACUACUUGUGCUGCUCCGAAAAGGCCGCGAAGAUUGCCUUGUUCGAGUUCUUGCAAGGGCAGGCGGAGCUCAAUCUCGAGAGGCUGCACCAUUGUGCGGAGAAGGAGAUGAAAGCGUACGCGAAGGGGGAUUGCUCGUUGAACGAAUUCGUGGCGUUUAGGGAAAAGGUCGUGGAUUUGACGAGUAUUACGAAGAGUUACUUUGAGAAGUUGGUUACCGCGUUGGAGAACGAUCUUUCUGAGGUUACUGACACUAGCAUCGUCAACACUAGCAUCAUCAAAUCGGUGGAAAUCGGGCCUUUGGAUUAUGAAGAUAUCUAUGAAGAUCAAUGGGACUAGCGAAAAAUCCAUGAGAGGCAAUUCUUAGGUAGUGAGUGUUGAGUUUUGAUUGUUUCGUUUGCUUCUUGUUUUUAUUUAUAUGUUUUUAGAAUUUCAUAAGACCCAAACUUUAACUUGUUGUUUAUUUCUUGAGUUUAAUAAUUGAGAUGUUAGUAAUA